AUGGAAAACUUUUUUAAGUUGUAUCAUGUUCUCGAUACCACAUUCGAAUCUGUGUUCAGCUUCGGUUGCGGUUCAGAUGAAGAGAAAUUCCUAAGUUGCUAUGCAAACGAUAAGCUUGCAAAUGCGUUGCAUUCGCUUAUAGAAGGUACCGGGUCGGUACCAUGGCUCAAAGAUACCCAAAGCGAUGGGUUACGUUUUGGCAAACGCAGACUCUGUAUGCCCGGACCCUUUGACGAAGCCCUGGCAAAAAUCCAAAUGGAAAAUCUUCUCGGCGAAGAAGAAGGCAAGAUUACCAGACGUGUAGUUGCUGUGAACGACAUGAUCUCGAAAGUGAUUGAAAAUGUCAAAGACUGGUACAAGGCAAAUGCUACGAAGAAAAGCGAGACACCGAUUCCUGGAAUUUGCAAGAAUCUCGAAGAGAAGAUUGCAAAGAAUCUCACUCACAAAAUUGAAGAUAACACCCCAUCAGCAUCUGAAGACUGGCAUUCAAAUAUGUUUGUGAUUGUAAGUAAAAAGGAACGCAAGGCUAUCGCUUAUGUUGGAACACUUGGAAGUUUCUUUGGAUCGGGAAUAAAAUCCGAAAAAUUUGGUAUAUACUUCAACAACAUCCUAGACCACGUGAAGGAAGGUGCUACGUUUAAUCGUCUUCUUCCUACCAUCGUUUUCAACGAUAAAGAGAUCUCAUAUGCGUUUGCAUCGAAUGGAGGAAGUCCUUCGCAGACAUUGUCAUUACCACGUACUCUAUCAAUGGUGAUGUUGGAGAGAUUUUUCAAUGUACGCCUUCAUGAAGGCGUAACAUAUCCUCUCGCAUUUCCUUCUCCGGCUCGGCCGAAACUCGUGCUCAAAGACAGAGUUCCGUAUGUGGAGCAUCUACAUAAGCAUUUUGAAGUGGAGAAAACUGGACGUAUUCCCGAUGAGGUUGUUGCCGCAGAGACAACGGGUGGUAAACUCUCCGCUUUCUACGCUGAUAACUUUAAAGGUAGAAAAUAUACUCCCCGAGGAGUGUGAAGAACAUUAGAUCAAUGAUUUUUCCUGUUCAAAUAAGAUCCUUAACUUUUGUCAGCUUUGGAUCUUGAAUUUAUUCAUUGUUGUUUGUUUUUAGAAAUUAAGUAAAAAUUUUGCCGCUAU